GACGCGUCCGGUUCCGGGGCAGCCGGGAAAGAGCUUGUGUCGCCUCGGUGUGCCGAGGGUGGCGGCGGAGCGUGGGGGCGGUGUGGGGGGCUUCGCCGGCGCAGUGCCUGUCCAGCUCUCUGGCACAGAACAACUGAGGGAAACUGGCUGAGACGACCACUCAAGCUCUGUUGGCUUGACGGAGAAGAGUCAGGAUGGGAAACAGCGCGCUGAAAGCCCACCUAGAGACGGCACAGAAAACCGGUGUGUUUCAGCUGACGGGAAAGGGGCUGGCAGAGUUUCCAGAAGAUCUGCAGAAGCUAACGAGCAACUUAAGGACAAUAGACUUGUCCAACAACAAAAUAGAGCUCUUGCCACCACUCAUUGGGAAAUUUUCCUUUUUGAAGAGCCUCAUUCUAAACAACAACAGACUGGCUGCUUUACCUGAGGAACUGUGUAAACUGAAAAAACUGGAAACAUUACACGUGAAUGGCAAUCACUUGAGGCAGCUUCCUGCUGCCUUUGGACAGCUUGCAGCGCUCAAAAGCCUGAGCCUUUCUGGAAAUCAGCUGCGGACUGUACCUACACAACUCUGUGCUCUUCGCCACUUGGACGUGGUAGAUCUUUCCAGAAACCAGAUCCAGAACGUGCCCGACAGCGUGGGAGAAUUGCAGGCCAUUGAGCUCAAUUUGAAUCAGAAUCAGAUUUCCCAGAUCUCAGUGCAGAUCUCCCACUGUCCACGCCUCAAAGUCUUGCGUUUAGAAGAAAACUGUCUAGAACUCAGCAUGCUUCCCCAGAGCAUCCUCAGCGACUCCCAGAUCUCACUGCUUGCAGUAGAAGGCAACCUCUUUGAAAUAAAGAAACUUAGAGAACUGGAAGGUUAUGACAAGUACAUGGAAAGAUUUACAGCCACAAAGAAGAAGUUUGCAUGAUCGUUAUGCCGAGUCUGUGUAUUCCCAGUAAGAAGAGUUGGUGUCUGAAGCAUCUGCUUCACUGACUUAAUCCAGGACUGCUGAAGGAGAUAGAGCACUCUUCUCUCUUGUAGUCUGAUAUGGUCUGGUAAGGCCACAUUGAAUCAACUGAAACUAGAUAACACGGGUACUGGACUGAUGAACCUGCCCAGGGGCCAGUUUUGAUUUUUGAGCCACUCUAGCUUUUAACACUACAUAUUCUCAUUUACCAGGGCUUGUUCUUUCACAGAGAAGGGAAAAGAACGUUUCAAAGUUGCCAGUUCCCUUCUGCCAAGAAGCUGCCUGUUGAUUAUUUCUUCUGGAAAUGUUUUUCUGUGAUAGCACGUAGAAAUUCUGCCACCAAAGCAGAUAUGAAACAUUCUGUCCUGCAGUAAGCACUAUUCUACAGAGAAGAACUCUUACAGAUGGGGUUUUAGUUUACAACCUGUGUAAGUUCAUGAAGCACAAAUACUUGUGGCAAAGUUUAGUGUUUUAUUAACUGCUUCCAGCGAACAAAUCAUAGUUUGAUCAUCCAAUUCAUUAAUAUUUUACUGUACAGGCUUUCUUUCCCUAGAAGCAAGAAUUGCACUACAGUCCACUUCUGCUUGAGCUCUAACAAAUAAACAUGAGGUUCAUCUUCAACCUAUUCAGUGAAAAUGUAGAUUGCUGGAAAAUAUAACAACCUUGCACUGACUCCUUGUGUACAGAGCAAUGCUGAAAGCUUUAGUUACCAGCCUACUGCUACUGCCUUAUUACCAAAAGCACCUAGAGAAGCUGAAAAUGUAUGCAAUGAUGUAGCUUAUACUGAAAAGGAAAAUGUACUUGUUUAUUUUAGUAAAUUCAUUUAAAAAAACCCAGUUCCAGUUGAUUUAGUGCAACUGCUGCUGUCACUUGAACAAGUAGUCUUAAGCUAGCACUGAAAGCUACCACUUUGCUGCUGGGUUCCAUCAGUUCUUGGAACCAGCUACAUUUCAACACUGCUAUGAGAAUGCAACGGAUUUGAGGAUGCCAACACUUCAGGAUUAAUUCAUAUACCACGUACUGCAUGCCUAGAACCAUCAAGUAGGAGUUGUACUACAUGCACUUCUUGGCAAGAUAAGCAGACACCAUCUAUUCCUAAUGAGACCAUUGUACAUUAAUUACUGAUACUAAGGGAAGUACUUCUGAGCCACUCCCAGAUAUCACUAUUCUCUUGGAACAUAAAAGUGCUGCAAAUGAAUGCACAUCUCUAUUUCCCCCCUUUCUACCACUAAGAGCA